AUGGCAUCUCAGUAUAACCUGGAGGAUCUUUUCUGGAAGGCCCUGUCGGCAUCGGCGCACAUCUUUACCCUUGCCAGUGUUUUCCUGGUGCUCUAUCUGGUCUGCAACGAAUACCUGCGCUACGUCGGACGCAUAAAGAACCUUCCUGGGCCACGAGGUAUUCCCGUCGUGGGGAAUCUUCUGCAGCAGAGAAGAGAAGCACUUGGAGCUGCCGAGGUCUACCGGCAAUGGGCACAGACGUACGGCCCUGUGUUCCAGAUCCAGCUUGGAAACGUGACAGCCGUCGUCGUCAACAGUGUCGAAGCGGCCAGGCACCUGUUCGUCGGCCAGCGCACGGCAGUCAACUCGCGUCCAAUUUUCCACGUCUUCCACAAGCAGGUCAGCCGGGCCGUCACGAGUAUCGGUACAAGUCCUUGGGACGAAUCGUGCAAGCAGCGUCGGAAGGUGGCUGCCACGGCCCUCAACCUCGUCAAGAUACGAGGCUACGCACCCAUCGUCAACCUCGAGUCUAGGGAGUUUAUCAGGGAGAUCCUCGACGAGAGUCGUGGAGGAACAGUCGACGUCGACUUCCGACUCCCUGUAAAGCGCUUCUCCCUCAACCUCGUCUUGACGCUGAACUACGGAACACGCGUGUCUUCCCAAGCCAAGGCUCUCAGCGAGGACCCUCUCCUUGCAGAGAUAAUCCACGUUGAGUCGGAAAUAUCAAAACUUCGAGACACUGCCAACAACUAUGCCAAUUACAUCCCCUUGCUGCGCUACAUCGGCCCUCUAGCGUCUCUGAUCAGCAGAGGGUCUUCGCCCGCCUACGCUGCUGACAUCGGCCGCAGACGUCUCGAAUACAACAGCCUGCUACUCAAUCAGCUCAAGGAGCGUGUGGCGCGUGAUGAAGACCAACCGUGCAUCCAAGGAGCUGUUCUGCGAGACCCUGAAUCCGCUACGCUCUCUCGAGAGGAACUGAUAAGUGUCAGCUUUAGCAUGAUGGCGGGAGCCGAGUCGAACCAGCCAACGCUGGCAUGGGCCAUUCUUCUACUGGCUCAUCGCCAAGACAUUCAGGAGAAGGCCUACCGAGCUAUCCAGGACGCAGACGUCGCUUACCUGCCGUCUGACCAAUAUGCCAGCACGCACGUCCCGUACGUAGAGGCUCUGACAAAAGAGGUGAGCCGGUACUAUACAGUCCUCAAGCUGGCUCUGCCCAAAGCAACGUACUCCGAAGCGACGUGGGGCAACGCCGUCAUUCCGCCCAACACACCCGUCUUCCUCAACAGCUGGGCGUGCAAUCGAGAUCCCAUCACCUUUUCGGACCCGGACUCUUUCAAACCUGAGCGUUGGCUGCCGGGGUCACCCGAGGAGCAUGCGCCCCAGUUUGCGUUCGGAUUUGGAGGCCGCAUGUGCGUCGCCUUCCUCCUGGCCCACAACGCCCUCUACACCGCGUUUCUGCACAUGAUUGCCAGGUAUCACAUCCUUCCCGCCGAAGGGCAGACGGCCGAGGCCAUGGACGCUCUCGAGGGGUUGGAACCUGGGGUGUUCGUCGCAACACCGAAGCACUUCCAUGCUCGGUUCGUUCCUAGGGAAGGGCCUGAAAAAUUGCAGGCAUGGUUGGACCAUCCGGAUUCUAAGAUGGACUAA